AUGACUGCUCUUCGAGGGUCGUGCGAGAGUUAUGUAUUUUAUUUGACGCUGCGGCAGAUAACUGUCCGCCAGCCGCAGUUGGCGCGCGACAACGCCGUGGAGAAGUACGAGCCGAGGGCGGAGCUUCUCGUGAGGUGGGCCGUUGGUUCGGCACAGACGGGGCGGGCGUUGUUCCCGGCAGACGUGACGGAGUCUCCUCUGGAGGGCGCGGGAGGGCAGGGGCGUGGCCGAACGCUCCUGACGCUGGGGCCGUCCCACGAAAUAGUUCUCCAGGAGAGGCUGCGCCGGAAGCCCGCUCGCGGGCGGGGGCGGGAGGAGGCGCGGUAUGAGGCGCGGCAGCUGCACAUGAAGCUGCGGUUGCUUCUCCGCAGGAGGCGGCAGCCUGGCGGGAAAGGCGCCGCGGCGUGUGCGUUGGAUGUGGGGAGCUGUACAGCAAGCCUGGCGGAGCUGCUCCCCGGCGGCGGCGUGCGGCGGCGCGUCCACCUGCCGCUGCGGCGUGCGGGGGAUUUCAUGGAGGUGGACUGCCUGGUGCAGCCGAAGGCCGCAGCAUCGCCGGCAGAGGCGUCCGUGCCGUCGGAGGCGACCACCGGCGCUGCCACGGCCUCCUCCUUUUCUUCCUCCGCUGCGUUCGCGGAACGCACCGUGGCGUGGGAAACUGAGAGGCCGGGGGGGAAAGAGGGGAGGGCGGGGACGGACCUCACUAUGGCCGCCGUGCCAGCCGCGGAGCUGACAGCCCUUUAUGAAUUUUGUGAGACCACUGCGGAAGCCGUGGCGGCGUUCCACAAUCAUGGCGGUGGGGCGGCAACGAAGCCGCGUUUUUCGCCACUGCGGCAGGUGAUGGACGGCGGUGUCUCCUGCGAGCAGCAGUUUGCGGAGGGCGACCCGUUGAGACUGUUCGUCCUGCUCUUUCCCACGCACCCCGGUGCGACCGCCCUCAUGCCUGCCCUGCACCGCAACCGCGGCGAUGCGGACUACCCGGCGGUGCCGACGUGGGCGGAGGUUCCUGCGACGCACCCGCAUGCCGCCUACUACGCCGCUGACUACAGCCUGCGGUUUCAAAAGAGCCGCUUUACGCCCGCGCAGGAGUACGGCGUCGUCGUGGGUGCGGGGGGGCGGGUUGUGGUGCGCAUUAUGUCUGUGGCGGCAGCGGCGCCGCUUGUGGGGAAAAAUGCUCGCUUAGAGACUCUACUGGAGAUCCGGGGCGGUGGCGGCGUGCGUGUGUGGAUUUAUCCGUGCGUGCCGGAGAAGCUGCGGUUCCUGCUGCGGUCGCAGAUCGCCGCAAGAGUGGAGAAGCUCAGAGGAACUGUGCAGAGGACUUUGCGUGCGUUGGUUGAGGCCGGCAGUCCGCCUGCCGCCUGCCGCCGAACAUCAUCGUCGUUGGCGUUAGUGCCAGCUUCCUCGCCGUCGUUGGCCGCGGACGCCGCCGCCUCACUGUCGUUCUUCUCCUCCUCACUGGACCCAACUCUCUGGCGCAGGCUUGGCGCGGCGGAUUUCGUCGCCAGCAGCGCGCGAGUGGAGGCGCUUCUGCUGCGCCUCCAGCACGUUGUCCUCCCGCCACCGCGUGGGUGCAGGUCGGCGGUGCAGGUGCUGGAGGAGGUGGUGUGCCUGCACCGACGCAGCCCCCCGGUGGUGCGACUCGUGCUUGCGACGCUGCUUCGCAUUGCGCCGCAGGAGGUGGGUUUCGCGGCUCUGGUGAAUGCCUCCUCCACGCUCGCCGCCACGCUUCAGCGCGUCUUGGCGCUCCACACCGCGGACCUUUUCCAGGCUGCUUCGGCGACCCCGCUCCCAGGCGACGGCGAUGCGCCCUCCGCGGCACGAGUGAAGGCGUUCCUGCAGGCCCUUGAGGCGGCGACGACCGCCUGGCAGGAGCAGCGACGACGGGAGAGGGCCGCGGUGAGGGACGUCUGGCACCUCCUUGGCGUGGGCCUUCACGACCGCCAGGCCACGGUGGAGGCGGUGCAGCGGCUGCAGCCCGUACACCGGUCCUUUUCGGAGCAGCAAUGCCACCUGCUGCACGCGGCGUUGGUGCUGCACAUGGAUUCCGCCCCCAUCGCGUGUGGACUGCUGCGCUUGUUGGCGCACAACUACCGCCAGAACGCCUCUUUCCCCGACGAUGUGCGCCGCUUUGACGCGAGCUUCUUGGAGGCCGUAUGCCGCGCCUUGGCGUUUCAUCGUGCGGCGCUGCUGACUGACGCCGGUGACCGCUUCGCCACUCUCUGCGACGGCCUCACGGAGACGCUGCGGGAGCGCCUGGGAGCGAUGUCGUUCUUUGCGCGGCACUUUGAGCCGCUGCUGGGGGAGGGGCCGCUUUUCACCUGCACGGUCCGCCUGCUGCGGACAACGGUGUUUGCCACGGACGCGGCGGCGGUGACGCUCGUCGUCACCGCCUCGUUCCUGUGCCUUGGCAGCAACGCCAUCCCUCUCGCGGCGGUGUGUGGGCUGCGCCUGUACCGCCGCUGGUGGUGCGUGCCGUCGCUUUCUCUCUACGUGCGAGAGCCAACCCCGCCUGCGCGACAUUCCCGGGACGACAGCUGCCCCCGAGAAAUUGCGCUGUGCGCGUGGCGGCGAAGGGAGCUGGUGGCAGCGUUGCUGCAGGCGAACAGCACUAUAACGGUGACCAAGUGA